GCAUGACGUCACCGCACCUCUCCCACCAGCCAGUGUCCCCUUAUGUCAGCUCCUUCUUCACUUCUCUUCAUCUCCAUGCACGCACGGAUCUCGCUUUUCCCCACGCAGAGGACUGGAUACAUGACGAAGAGGAGCGAUCCGGUGCGCCAAGACAGGAUGGCUGCUGACAACGACUUAGUGAAAUGUUUUUGACACCGUUUUGGAAAGGUAAAGACAUAUUUCCGGAUGACCUUGGCACACUUUUCAAGCGUGAUGGAAUUGCAGGACUCCUGCCACAGCAAGCACCACGUCGAUUCCAGGAAGAGUCCCGUGAUCAGCGCCAUCAUGUUCGCCGCGGGCCUCCUGGGCAACGUGGCCGCCCUGGUGAUCCUGGAGAUCCGACGGCGGCGAGACAUGAAGGCCGCGGACUGCCGACGACGUGCGCUUUUCCAAGUCCUCAUCACGUCGCUGGUGGUCACAGACUUGGGCGGAACGUGUCUUGUCAGUCCGCUUGUGCAGCUGUCGUACUCGCACAACAUCACUUUGGAGGGAAUGUCACCGAACACUCACGGGGUGUGUGCUUACUUUGGAUUCAGCAUGACCUUCUUCAGCUUGGCAACCAUGUCACUUCUCCUAACAAUGGCUCUAGAAAGGUCCUUCGCUAUCGGGUACCCCUACUUGUACAAUCGGCAUGUCACCAAAAAAUUUGCCUACAUCACAAUUCCAGUGGUUUUUUUAGUCUCUUGUCUAUUCUGUCUCCUCCCGUUUGUGGGAUUUGGGAAAUAUGUACAAUAUUGCCCCGGCACAUGGUGCUUCAUUGACAUGAACCCAGACUGGAAGAAAGACCGGGUCUACGCCAACCUGUACGCCACUGUCAUGUUAGUACUGGUGCUGGCCAUAGUGGCGUGCAACGCCUUUGUAGUCUACCAGUUGCUGCGCAUGUACCAGCGCCGUAGGAGGAACGGAGGCUCCGUCACAGCGAGCACACGCUCCAAGAGCGAGCGCAGGCCCACGUCUAUGGCGGAGGAGGUGGAGCAUCUCAUCCUGCUGGUCUUCAUGACUACCAUCUUUAUCAUCUGCACGCUGCCCCUCGUGAUUCGUGUGUACAUGAAUUCGGUUGGGAUUCGCAGCGAGUCCCACCCGCUGGACUUGAUUGCGCUCCGUUUCAUCUCGGUCAACUCCAUCAUUGACCCCUGGGUCUUCAUCCUCCUCUCUCCUGGCGUGCUGCACUUUUGCUGGGCCUCCAUCUGCCGAUCUCGCCGAAGAACUUUGAAGGCUUCUCGGCUCAAAUUGUCAAAGGCCAAAGAGAUUCAGGCAAACGUAGAGAUGUCGCGCACAGAACUGGAAUACAGAGAGUCAUUUCCACCUCUAGAAAAUAUGUGACUAAUAAUUAUUAUUCUUUUUUUAAUUAUUUGAUAGUUCUAUUUAUUUUAGCUCUCAAAAGGUCACACAGUUGGAACCUCUUGCUAAUCACAUGAGGCACAGAAGUUUUGGCCAUGUUGUUUAUCUAUUUUUGGGCAGUUCCACUUUUAUCAGCCGCUUGCAGUUCCUUAUCAUUUCCGGGUUGUUUCCAUACUACUUGUGGUACAGAUACUGUAUGCUCAUGCAUGUCCGUAUUCUGUCAAGCUAUGUGCUCUUUCAGACAACAAUACAGUUAAAAGAAUGUGCAACAAAGAUAGAAUUUUUAAAAAAAAAUUAAAUAUUUCGUGUGUUGGUAUGCAGUGAACCCCUGGCAUUCACAAAUUUGCCUAUUUGCGGAUUUUUGGGGGGAAGCCGUCAUCCGUUAUUUGCUGAAAACCUCGGCUAUUUGCCUUGUUGUGCUCAGGCCAAAGCAUUAAAAUUAUUAAAUUGUCGCCAUCUAGGUAUUGUUGUUAGGUGUAAUUCAUUAACUGUGUUUCAUUGUCUGCGUCCUCUCAUGUUGGCUGUCCUUGAAUGCACCUCGCGCACAGCCAAAGUGAAAAUGUUUAUUUUUGCUUCCCUCCCAGCUACAGCUACUGAUGGCCAUGUAGUCUACUUUGUAAUUACAAUUUGCCUGUAUUUCCUAACACUGAUUUGUGUGUAAAUGCCCAAAAGUGAGUGAAAUGACAAUGUUUGUGUAAAGUGCUAGAGCGCAUAUUUCUUUGUCCAUCGUUGUUGUCAUGUCAUUUUGUGCUAGCGUGUUAUUUGGGCUAGUAUGCUAGCUCAUACUAGUGAUGAACCUCAUGUGAAGGUGGUUUGUUUGUGUUGAGUAAUUUAACUACCGAAUACAGUCUUUCAUGUACCAUGGGUUCAUGAUUGUGUUCUUGCUAGAUGUAUGGUGUUGAUGCUUUAUGAUCCUCUCUGUUUGAGUGGUUCGCCGCUACUUUAUGUCAUCUAUACAAAAUUACAAAACCCCUUUUAGUUGGGCGGGGGUCAUCAAUCAUUGGUGGAUUUUCCCUAUUUACGAAAAGGCUCCAUCCCUAUCGUUAACCGUUAUCUGCACAAGAUAUACUUUCAUUGGUACAAAUGCGACGGCACACCCUCACACCAACACUUCAUCCAUCCAUAUCGGGCUUGGAGUUUGACACGUCUUCUCUAUUGGUAUAUGUUCUAGGCUGCUUAAAGCAGAUCUUUCUGUUGUUCACUUACUUACUGUGCAUGUGAUGUGCGUGUUACAGCAGUCUGUGUGUGUGUGUGGUUAUGCAAAGGUCAAAGUUUUGUCACCAUGUUCUCUCUAAUUUAGUAGGACACCGCAGUCUUGACACUUUAUUUUGCCGUUUCAAAGUGGUUAAGGAAUUAGGAAAUGCCCCACCCCAUCCAGACAAGAAGUCAUCUUUUUAUUAAUUUCCCCAAAAUAAUAUAAUUCAAAAAAUAUUAGGUUGUUGCAUUUCAGGCAGGCUUAUUAUUGUUAGGAACAUGCUGUGUAUGAAAUCUAUGUCUCAGUAAUUAAAAAUGCUUGAACACAAUGCUAUGUGACUGUUAAUGUAACGUGGAAGUCCUGUGCCAUGUAAUUACUUACUGUAGACGAACGUGAGCUCACUGAUUGUGCCUGUAUGUCAUCCAGUAAAUAUUUGGUCCAA